CCGCGUCCCGGCGCCGCUGGCUCAGGGCAGGGACCGCCAGGGCCGGACCUCCGGGCCGGCGCCCCCGCGCCCCCGUCGUCCGCCCCGCGCGCCCCGCCGGCCAGCCAGAUAAGUCCGGUUUCUUCUGUGGAGGGUACACCGCGAAAAAGCCUUGAUUUCCUGGAUCUGGUAACAUGGCAAAAGAUGGCAGUCUAAUUGAAGCCAACGGAGAACUAAAGGUCUUUAUAGACCAGAAUCUUAGUCCUGGGAAAGGUGUGGUAUCUCUUGUAGCUGUGCACCCAUCCACAGUGAACACACUUGGAAAGCAGCUUUUGCCAAAAACCUUCGGACAGUCCAAUGUCAAUAUCACACAGCAAGUGGUGAUUGGCACGCCUCAGAGACCCGCAGCAUCCAACACUAUUGUGGUAGGAAGCCCACACACCCCCAACACUCACUUUGUGUCCCAGAACCAGACGUCUGACUCCUCACCUUGGUCUGCUGGGAAGCGGAACAGGAAAGGCGAGAAGAAUGGCAAGGGCCUGCGGCAUUUCUCCAUGAAGGUGUGCGAGAAGGUGCAGCGGAAAGGGACAACCUCCUACAAUGAGGUGGCUGACGAGCUGGUGGCAGAGUUCAGUGCCGCUGACAACCACAUCCUACCAAACGAAUCCGCUUAUGACCAGAAGAACAUCCGGCGGCGUGUCUACGAUGCCUUAAAUGUGCUGAUGGCCAUGAACAUCAUCUCCAAGGAGAAGAAGGAGAUCAAAUGGAUCGGCCUGCCCACCAACUCAGCUCAGGAAUGCCAGAACUUAGAGGUAGAGAGGCAGCGGAGACUGGAGAGGAUCAAACAGAAGCAGUCACAGCUCCAGGAGCUCAUCCUGCAGCAAAUCGCCUUCAAGAACUUGGUGCAGAGAAAUCGCCAAGCCGAGCAGCAGGCCCGCAGGCCGCCUCCCCCCAACUCUGUCAUCCACUUGCCCUUCAUCAUUGUCAACACCAGCAGGAAGACAGUCAUUGACUGCAGCAUCUCCAAUGACAAAUUUGAGUAUCUGUUUAACUUUGACAACACGUUUGAAAUCCAUGAUGACAUUGAGGUGCUCAAGCGUAUGGGCAUGGCGUGCGGGCUGGAGUCGGGCAACUGCUCUGCUGAAGACCUCAAGGUGGCGAGGAGUUUGGUACCAAAAGCUCUAGAACCAUACGUGACAGAAAUGGCUCAGGGAUCCAUUGGCGGAGUAUUCGUCACGACGGCAGGUUCUACAUCCAAUGGCACAAGGCUUUCUGCCAGUGAUUUGAGCAAUGGUGCAGAUGGGAUGCUGGCCACGAGCUCCAAUGGGUCUCAGUACAGCGGCUCCAGGGUCGAGACCCCAGUGUCCUACGUUGGGGAGGAUGAUGACGACGAUGAUGACUUUAAUGAGAACGACGAGGAAGAUUGAUUACUCAACC